AACCUCCAUUUCCUAUUCGAAGUCAAGACUUGACUUUUCUCUCUUCCCACUCAGUUUCGUCAGUUCCGAUCAUACGACGUCGUUCGAUCUCUACACGCCAGCAACCUUACCGUGACCUCUAUCGCCGCACUCUAUCUACUUCACGAAUCACGAACCAAUUUGUUAAUGAUUUAAUGAAGUAUGAAUUUGAAUGAUUGAAGUCGAAGUGUUUUCUCGUCAGUUGGUGCCAAUCUGAUAUUUUUUGCUGCAUACAAUUCGUACGAUGCAAACAGGAUAUGAUAUCAAACAUUUGGCUCGAGAAGCUCAAAGUCGGUGGCUAAAGCCUGCUGAAGUGCUUUUCAUAUUGCAGAAUUACGAGGAGCACCAGCUCACGCAUCAAGUUCCUCAAAAACCAUCCAGUGGAUCUUUGUACCUAUUCAACAAGCGAGUCCUGAAAUUUUUUCGUAAAGAUGGUCAUAGUUGGCGCAGAAGGAAGGAUCAGAGAACUGUUAAUGAAGGACAUGAACGGCUUAAGGUUGGGAAUGCUGAAGCAAUAAAUUGUUACUAUGCGCAUGGAGAGCAGAAUCCUAACUUUCAGAGACGCAGCUACUGGAUGUUGGACCCGGCUUAUGAGCAUAUUGUUCUUGUUCACUACAGAGACAUUGAGGAGGUUUAGCAUAUCAGAGACACUAACCUUCAGCCCCACCGCUUCUCCAGACUCUACUAAUCUUGGGCGAUCCACUCGCAUUACUAAACCUCCCAAAUGGUAUGGUUUCUUUGCAACCUUAUCUCAUAUCACUGUUCCUACUACUUAUUUUCAGGUAGUUACCCAACCUUGUUGGGAAAAAGCAAUGCAAGAGGAACUCUUGACUGUUUAGGAGAAUCACACUUGGAAUAUUGUUCCUUGCCUUUUUGGGGUCAAACCUAUUGGAUGUAAGUGGGGCUACUCUACUAAGCUACGCUCUAACAAUUCCUUAUAUUAACAUAAAGCUCGGUUGGUGGCUCUUGGUAAUCGCCAAAAAUAUGGAGUGGAUUAUGGGGUUUUUUUAGCUCUCAUUGCGAAA